AUUUGACACAGAGGGCUUCUCAGGUGCAGCAUCGCGCUAAACCACCUGGCGGCGCACCUCAAACACGGGGAUGGAGGGUAAGAGUGUUGUUACAGGAGCCACGCAUCUCCAUGUUGAGCAGACUUCCAAACAGAGAAAACAUUUUCGACAUUGACUGCCUUCUCUACAACUAACACACACGUGGAUACGUUGUUGUUUGUUUUGUACGUUAAAAGAGUGAUUCAUUAUAUGUAGCAACAAAAAAAAGUUGGACGACAGUUCUAUUACAGUAGUCGUGUGUGUGUGUUUUUUUUUUUUUAACAACGGUAGGCUAUGUGCUUAUGUUGUCUUUUAAAACAUCGCUGUUUAUUUGUAGAACCAGCUUUUAACCGCUGUUUAUUACGUUACUCAUAAGUUUAGUUUCCUAUGAUUCUACUUUAACGUAAACAGGCCUCGUUGACAACCCAGUGUUUACAUUCCUCAAAGGUUAUUUAGCUGCAGAGACGCUAGCCCCUCUGACUUCCUUACCUACUGCGUGAACUUACUAUGGGUGCGCUCACGACACUUUUUUUUUGCCGGCUAGAUUGCAGACGGGAGUCUGCGCGUAACGUCACGGUCUGUGCAGACGCAGCGUGGACAGCUUUGGUAGAUGAACCACAGUUCUGAGCAGAACCAAAAUGGAGGUGGUGCUGAGAGAAAUUCUAAUCGCAGAAGAGGAUGCAAUGCAUUGGAAACAGUCCCUGCUAUAAAGAGAUAAUAAUAUAAACGUAUGUUUUGUGAAGAGACAAAUUAAUGAGUAUUGUAACGGGCAGCAUUAUUAUUAUUAUUAUUAUUAUUAUUAUUAUUAUUAUUAUUAUUAUUAUUAUUAUUAUUAUUUUACAUGUUUAAACCUUUAGAAUAAAUAUUUGAAAAGUAUAAUAACUGUGUGGAAAAAGAGUCAAAUCAUUUUAAUUUGUAUUACAAAUCAUUCAUAAGACAAUUAAUGACGUGACUGGAAGGCGAUUCACACCCCCUGACUAGGUGGCAGUAGCACAUGGAGUGAGGAUUGUCUCUGGUUGCCUGCACACUUCUUUGUCAGCCAGCGCUCGUCUAUUGUUUGAGCCGCGUCUGCUCCAGCGCAGGACCUGUCAGGAGAUGCGCGGUCUGCGCAGAAUCUGCGCUCGGGAGAUGCGUGACCUGGUGACGUCUUUUCCGGGUGAGUUCACGCAGACGGGAUUUUGGACAGGUAUUGCACAAAAUAUAUAUGCGUACGUGAACGCAGCCACAGACUCGUGAACCCACCCCCAGUGUCAACCUAGCAUCAGCUGAUCAUUUAUACCCGUUCAAACUGCGGUAGCAGUCGUUUGGGAUACAGAUGUAAUAAUGCGUGUGUUUAUCAGCUGUUACGAUAGUUGUUACUUGUUUCAGAUAUAAUUGAUGUUGAUUGGCGGGAUUGUAGAUUAUGAUUCGACCAAUUUGCACUGGAUUAAACUGGAUUUCAAACACCGGCGGUCAGGGCUGCUGUUUUAUCUGAACAUUUAUUAUUACAUUUGGAAAACAUGUCUGGACCAAAUGGAGAUCCCAACGUUUCCAUAGGAAUAGACGAAGAGGAGGAGUUUGGCGAAGAAGAGUAUGCAGCAAUCAACGCCAUGCUGGACCAGAUCAACUCAUGCCUGGACGACCUGGAGGAGCGCAACGACAGUCUCAACACCAAGCUGAAGGAGCUGCUGGAGUCGAACCGGCAGACGAGGCAGGAGUUCAGGCAACAACUGUGCGAGGGGCCGGCCCAGACCCCGCCAUCACCCCCACCACCAUCAUCUGAGCUGGGGGGCAGGGAGGAGCAAUGAGGAGGAGCCCAUGAAGCUGCCCUCUCAACCUCCAAGGACUAGAGGAGUCAGGGAGGGAGAGCAGGACUUCAAGUAGAAACUGGGUGAGGCACCAACAACAGAAAAGAGAGCAGAAACUAUAGAGGAAUAAGCUAGACUUGGUCCUGAGGUUCAUGGGGCAGAAAAUACCAAUAUACUUUCCAAAGGAAAACAAAUGAGCAAGUAUAUAAUAAAUGUAUUGUUAGUUCAGCAACUUCACAUUCCAGGAUGUGGCUAGUACUGCAUCUACAGGUAGUAAUAUCGUUAACCCUGCAACAACAACAACAACUUCAGUUUUAUAUAGCGCCUUAUCAAAUACAAUAUCUAAAAUAGAAAUAAACAAACCAAUCAUAAAAUCAGGACAUAAACUGAAAAACCAGAUUUGGCUUAAAAGCUUCUCAAGGGCCUUAACCAAAUGUGAGACCGAACAGAUAAAUCUUUAGACCUUUUUUAACCUAUCGACUUACUGGCAGUUCCUGAUGUCAACGGAGAGGUCAUCCCAUAGCACAGGAGCCAGGUAGCUAAAGGAACAACCACUGAGACCAGCCCGUUUCACAUCAGGAACUACCAGCAGGUCAGCCUGGGAGGAUCGAAGGGUACGAACCGCAGAUAUCCAAGAUUCAGUGUCUGCAAGACACUCAGUAAGCACUAAUGAUCAGAAGAAAUGUUAGUGUUCAGUUUCAGAUAUAGCUGUGUGUCAUCUGCAUAUGAAUGAAACUGAACACUGUGUCUACAGUGUCUACAGAUGAGCUCACCCAGGGGCAGCAUGUAGAUGUUAAAGAGCAGUGAGCCCAAAACUGAGCCCUGGAGACACCAGAAUUAACAUCCAAGUGAGCUAGUGGAGAUUCACUAAAUUUAACUCCAUGAACUAUAUGACAGUCAAAAUGUUUUCUAUGGAGUUAUUUAUCUUUCUCCAUGGCACAGACAGUCAGGACUGGGUUUAUUAAUUCCAAUCCCCAUCACAAUCUAUAUGUAUGGGGCCUUCCUGGGUACAAGAGGCAGUAAAAUAACCCACAUUGAUGGCUUUACUAGACUGCUAAACUGUUCCCUAGCUCCCUCUAGGCCUGUCUUCAAGUGAACUACCUUUGCUGUGAAAACCCCUAGAAGUUGUGUGUGAGGGUCUCAGACCUUCAGUAAUUGUUCAAUUCAAAACUAUUAUACCUAUAACAGUCUUGUGUUUGAAAUCCUUGUAUAGGUCAUAUUUAUUUUAUGGUGUCUGUUCUUAAUUUGUCCAGGGUUACAUGUAGAGAAUAUAUAUUUUUAAAUGCUUAAUUAAUAUCUACAUUUUGUAUACUGUACAUUUACACUAUGCUGUAAGAGAAACCUUCUCAAAUAUGUGAUACUACAAACCUCAAUAUGUUUGUAUAUUACAGGAAAGGCAGCCAAUAUAAACGAAUCUGUUAUUUAAACAUUAUAUUUAAUAAAGUAAAUUGAUACUUUAAUUUAACUUUGUGGGAUCUAGUUUUUUUCCUUGGAGUAUAGUGUGGCAUUGCUGUACCUUAGAUCCUCACCGGCAACAAAAGAAACAUAAAAUCAUAGCCCUCAUUAACUGCAAAAGUUAAGUGUAAAUGUAAUGUAUCAAAUUACAUACAUACUGCAUGUGUUAUGAUUUUUUCAAAGAAAAAAAAAAUUGGUACUAAAUGGGUUAAGACUAGGACUUUUGAAAGUGUAAUUUUAAGACGGAUAUCUGUAGUGAGACAAUACCUGGCAUUUACAUGUACAUAAAAGUGGUUCUACCGUGUGCUGAAAAUGUCUAAGCAUGCUGUUUUGAAUAGUAAUAAAGCAAUAUAUUGUCUGGGA